AUGUCGGAAUCAUCACCUGUCAUCAACGUGGAGGGACUUGCCUUCCAGCAUUCUUCUCCGCUUUCUCUGCGGCAGGAGCCAUUGUUGCGUUCUCCACGCGCGUCCGCGUCUCACCCGCUUGACCCAUCACAGUCCUACGACUACAAUUUCUCGACUAGAGACUACCAGGAGGAGGCCACUGAUACUGAAGCAGAUGGACAUGAUGCGACCAGCCAAGAAGAGGACGAUUUGGCAGAUGAUGCCAGACGGAUCUCUGGCUGCUCAUCAAUAUCAUCGUUUCCAGCCUCAGUAAUCCAGCAUCAGGCGCCUUCGAGGCAGAGUCAAUAUGGCAGCCUAAGAACGCCCACGAAGCGCGAUUCCAUGGAAUCAUAUACCUCACCUAGAUUCGGCGACACCGAUCACGCGGUCGCAUCUCCCCGAAGCGCGCGAGAAUAUCGUUCUGUCUUUCGGCAUCCCAGCAGCGUCAAAGCUCUACAAAUGAAUGAUGAGGUGAUGAGUGAUACACAAAGUGUGCUAAGGCACCGGCGUGAGGGAUCAGUAAUGUCCUCUUACAGCCAAAGAAGUUUGCACUCCGCACACACGUCUCCCACGAAGCGAUCGAGUCGAUCCCAUCGAGCAUCAUCCUCAAAGCCAAGCAGCAAUCUCAGAAAAGAGUUCCCUCUGGUCCUACUACAUUGCACACUGCUGCCACCAACUCUUCUAUCUCAGUCAACGGCGCAUGAAGAUGCACUCAUUCAAGAAUUGCUUCCAGAGGAGUACAAAAAGAGGUGGAUAACCCUGCACAAUAAACUGGUGGAAGACGUCGAGGUCAGGACCCGCGGAAUACUGAUUCCACAUCCGAAGGAAGAUUACGAACUCCUUGAAGAGCGUUUACUCGAGAGUCUGGACCUGGAAACCCCUCGCAUCCGUCACAAUCACUAUUAUCCUAGUGACGCAAACAGCGCCGAUAGUGGCUUCGAAAGUGGUAGCGUGACAGAGGAAGAAGUGGAAAUUGAGGGCUCAAAAUGUCCCGACUGUGGGAGACGGGUACCUCCCGACACAGACUCACGCAAAUGGGAGGUGAAAGUCUUUGCUGCCAAUGGUCUGAUGCGGGCAGGAGCCUGGGAAGCUGCCUGGCAAGAGAUGGAAAAGGUCGAUGUAGAAGUCAAAGUGUGGUUGCCAGAAGAAGUGAGACGAGAUCUGGAAGCAAAACUCGCUCUGAUCGACACGUCUGCACCGUCCGAACUGUCAGAUUGCGACCUGAAUCAAGAUCCAUAUGAGCCAGAAAUCCAAAAUUCUCGCGACAGAGAAGUUUACGGGGAUGUCAACAGGCACAAAAGUCGGUCCGAAAUUGAUGGUUUUGCCGAGAGCCCAGGACAGCACCCUGAUCCUCCUCAAGCCACACCGACAAAAAGCGUCGUGGAGCAAGACCUAACGACCCUGGUGUUGGCAUGUAUCCGGCGCUUUCGUCACGACAGCAAGAAUCUCCUGAUCGGUUUUCUGAGUUGUCUGAUAUUGUUUCUGGCGCUGCAAGGGAGGGAGACGUCGGUGACAGGAAAGGCCUCCUCUUAUGAGCCUAUACCAGCGCUGUCAACCGAGGUCGCGACAACCACCAUCUUUUCAACAGCCAUCGACUUCUCGACAUCACCUGUCACGGUGCCAAUCAGUACACAAUCGUCGUCUGCUGCACCACUCUUGGAAGUCACAGCCUCAUCUAUCAGCAGCCUUGUCGGAAGCGUUCAGCAACAGCUAUUGGGCACAACCACGACAGUUGCCACCACCACUCCGGCCAUACAAAGCGCUCUUCUGGUCGAGGAAGAAGGCGCAGGCUUGUCAGAGAGCGUGGUCGGCGAGGACGUUACACAAGGUUGA